AUGAGAACGAGAGAGGUUGUCAUUGAUAUAUGGCCUUCAAUAUUAUCAGCAGAACCAGCAAUAACGCGCGACAAACGGUAUCCUUACAAUGCGGUCAUUGUUCCCCCGCGAAGUCCUCUACGGGAGCUUGCAGACUUGAUUGGCAUUUCUGAAAUGUACUUGCAAUCCACUGAAUUGAAAACAUGGCGUGCUGUGAAAGACUAUCCAUCUUCGCCAAACUCCGCCCUACCGGCUGUUGAAUUGAGGUGCUGGUUCCUGAUAGAGAAUGUCAUUAUGGAUGGAAACAGCUUUGGAAAUCAAAGCAGGUCUAUCCCUUGUUGGCCCAGUCCAUGGCAAGAUAAGCCAGCACGAAAGGCGGCAGAGAUCCCGUCCAGAAGUGUAGGAGAGACCCAUGCUGAUUUGGUGCUAUGCGAUAAUCUAUGGACACUGAUAUUUCCUGAUUGUAUUCCAUGGAUGGUAGGCAGAAAACUCAAGGCUUGUCGCAUUCUGUGUGGUGGUGCGAUCAACUAUUAUUAUACGGGAGGCUUUCCACUGCUCACGCUUGGACCACGUAAAACGUCCGGUUCAAUGCACCCCAUCAAGCCAGCAUCAGUAGACGCGCAUUAA